GCGGCCCUGGCCCGGCAGCCCUGCGGCGGGUCCCAGCCCGGCGAUCCGGGCGGGCGGGCAGACAGGAAGUGGGAGGGGAGAGCACAGUGGGGGAGGGGACGGCCGGGCGUCACUGCCCUGGCCGGGACCCGACCGGACAGCCGCUGCACGGCUAGGCGCCGGACACUUCACAGCCCCACCCCCCGGGGCGCAGGACCCCCCAGCGGAAGCGCCAUGUCCCAGAGACACUCCGACAGUUCCCUGGACGAGAAGUCCAAGCUCCUGGGCUACCGCUUACACUCGGAGCUGCGCCUGGACGAGGCUGGCCAUCCGGUGCCGGGGCUGCCCGGGCCGCGGAGCUCCCUGAAGGCCAUGGAGAACGCCGCCUUCCAGGGGGGCCCCCCGCCGGCCGAGCCCCACCACGUCGUCCUGAGCACGGAGAGCCCCGCCGCUCUCAAGGUGGGCACCCAGCAGCUGAUCCCCAAGAGCCUGGCCGUGUCCUCCAAAGCCAAGACGCCCACCCGCCACCAGAGCUUCGCCGUGUCCGUGCCGAAGGAGGCCCCCCAGCGGGACCCCAAGAGGCUGUCCGCCCCGGGCUUCUCCUUCGACGACCUGGACGUGGACGUGACCUCGGGGGGGAUGCUGAAACGGAACCUUCGCAACCAGUCCUACCGGGCGGCCAUGAAGGGCUUCCGAACCCCGGCCGAGCCCAAGCCUAUGGCCACCCUCCGAGCUCUGGCCGAGGAGCCGGUCCAGGGGCGGGCCCGGAGCCCCGCCAGGAACAAGCUAAAUCUGGGGAGGAAGCGGGCACAGAAGGGCUCUUUCAAGGAUGACCCGAGGUUCUACCAAGAAAUCCGGGAGAGGGGCCUGAACACCAGCCACGAGUCCGAUGACGAUCAGCUCGAGGACUGCUCGAGCCCAGAGGGACCCCGGAAAGCAGACUCCACGAUCGUGGUGAAGAGUUACCGGCCCGCCCAGGUCACCUGGAGCCAACUCCCCGAGGUCGUGGAAUCCGGGAUCUUAGACCAGCUGUCGCCCGAAGAGCGCAAGAGGCAAGAGGCAAUUUUUGAGAUCAUCACUUCAGAGUUCUCCUACCUGCACAGCCUGGGCAUCCUUGUGUCGGAGUUCUUGAAAUCCAAGGAGCUGAAGGGGACCAUGACCCAGACCGAGCAUCACCACCUCUUCUCCAACAUCGUGGAUGUCCAGGGUGCCAGCCAGAAGUAA